ACCGAUUGUGUCUCUCGUUCUCUACCCAAGUUUCUCUCUUUAUAUAUUCGUUCAAAUUCUUGAGCUUUUUCUUCACAAACCUUGUAACAAAGCCCAAAGCCUUUAGAAAACUUAAAAUAGACAGAAAGACGAUAGAAAUGCCUGAGAGAGAGAGUUCUUGUGUUGGUUUGAAUGAGCCAAGGUUGGUGGUGAGGAAGUUCUUGGCUAGGCCACAACAUGAAGGAGUUGGAGCAAUAGUCAGAAGGAGCAUAGGCCGGUUUGAGUUGAGACACUUCGAUCCUUUCCUUGUUUUGGAUGAAUUUUCAGUUACAGCACCUGCUGGAUUUCCUGAUCAUCCACACAGAGGAUUUGAGACAGUCACCUACAUGCUUCAGGGGGCUGUUACACAUGAAGACUUUGAUGGCCAUAAGGGGACCAUUGGACCUGGUGAUCUUCAAUGGAUGACUGCAGGAAGAGGCAUUGUCCACUCAGAGAUGCCUGCAGCACAAGGAACCCAAAAGGGUUUACAGCUAUGGAUCAACCUCUCCUCCAAAAAUAAAAUGAUUGAACCAAGGUACCAGGAAAUAUCAAGCAAGGACAUAGCAGAAGCAACAAAGGAUGGAAUCAAAGUUAGAGUUAUAGCUGGUGAGGCCUUGGGAACAAAGUCACCAAUCUACACCAGAACCCCAACAAUGUACCUGGACUUCACUCUAGAACCUGGAGCUCACCUCCAACAACCAGUACCUGAAUCCUGGAAUGCCUUCGUUUAUGUCCUGGAAGGAGAAGGUACCUUCGGGCGGUUGAAAUCGUCCCCUGUGAAUGCUCACCACCUGCUUCUGCUAGGCUCUGGGGAUGGCUUGGAGGCAUGGAACAAGUCGUCUAAGUUGCUGAGGUUCAUCCUGGUGGGAGGUGAACCAUUGUGUGAACCCCUGGUGCAAUUUGGACCUUUUGUGAUGAACACACAGGAAGAGAUUGAUCAGACAAUUGAUGAUUUCGAGAACUAUGCCAAUGGAUUCGAGAAAGCAAGGCAUUGGAGAUCUGAAUCUGGUCUUACCCUGGAUUUCUGAUUCUUUUGUUUUUGUCAGAGAAUUCCAUUGGUUAGCUUUGGCAAGGAGAAAAUGUCAUUGAUAUUCUAAUAAUCAAAUAUGUACAUUAUACAUUAUGCUUUGUUAAGGCAGUUUCAUCAAUUUACUCGAAUUUAUACACUACUAGUGAAUCAAA